CGCCGGGUCCCCGUCGCUGCGCCCGCCGCGCGCGGAGCGGGGACGCGAGCCAUGGAGGAGACACCGCCCCCGGGCUGCAGCAAGCCGCACCUGGAGAAGCUGACCCUGGGGAUCACCCGCAUAUUAGAAUCUUCCCCAGGUGUGACAGAGGUGACUAUCAUAGAGAAACCACCUGCUGAACGUCAUAUGAUUUCUUCAUGGGAACAAAAAAAUAACUGUGUGCUACCUGAGGAUGUGAAGAAUUUUUACCUGAUGACCAAUGGCUUCCACAUGACAUGGAGUGUGAAGCUGGAUGAGCACACCAUUCCAUUGGGCAGCAUGGCAAUUAACAGCAUCUCAAAACUGACUCAACUCAACCAGUCUUCCGUGUAUUCACUCCCGAAUGCACCAACUCUGGCAGACCUGGAGGAUGACGCACUUGAAGCCAGUGAGAACCAGCCAGAGAAGCCACACUUUGAUUCUCGCAGCGUGAUAUUUGAGCUGGAUCCUUGCAAUGGGAAUGGGAAGGUUUGCCUUGUCUACAAAAGAGGGAAACCAGCGUUAGCACAAGACACUGAGAUCUGGUUCCUGGACAGAGCAUUAUACUGGCAUUUUCUCACAGACACCUUCACCGCUUACUAUCGCCUGCUCAUCACGCACCUGGGCCUGCCGCAGUGGCAGUACGCCUUCACCAGCUAUGGCAUUAGCCCACAGGUCAAGCAGUGGUUCAACAUGUAUAAACCCAUCACCUACAAUACACACCUACUUGCAGAAGAGACCAACUCCUUCGUGAACAAGCUGGAUCCCAGCAAAGUGUUCAAGAGCAAGAACAAGACCUUAAUCCCCAAAAAGAAAGGGCCAGUCCAGCCUGCAGGUGGCCAGAAAGGGCCCCCAGGUCCUCCCUCCACCUCUAAAUCCUCUUCUAGCCCUGGAAACCCUGUCCGGAAAUGAGUACCCCACCUCCCCGCGAGCCCCUUAACAUGAUUUCCGUGCACAGAUGGCCCAAGCCUCAGAUUCUAUGAGUUGUACCAUAGCACUCUUCCCAUCACAGUGAGCCAAAUCCUAGGCCUUCUGCUUCCAUUGGCAUUAGCCAGGAGUUCAAGGGCAUUCUCAGGUCUCCCCCAGAGAACUUGCCUCAUCUCUUGCCUCUGAGAGAGAGUUUCAGAACGUAAGGGUUAAAUAGAGCUGUUAAGAGCUUCCCUCUCUUUCCACCCCCAACCCUCUACACUUGUCAGUGGUGAUGAGAGAAAUCCCCUGAUUUUGACCCAUGAGGCAUUAGAACUGUGCUGUUCAGUUGGUAAUCACUAGUCACAGUGGCUGUUUAAACUAUAUUAAGAAUUCAGUUCCUCAGUUGCAUUAGCCACAUUAUGCGCAUCCAUGUGGCCAGUAGCUUCUGUAGUCAACAGAGAUAAUGGAACAUUUCCGUCAUCACAGAAAGUUCUGUUGAGCAGCACUGUAUUAGAAUAUUUUCAUGCUGCCUUACUCAGUUCAUUUUUGUUAGAAAAUGUGGAUAUCUUGAUUUGAUGGGUCAUAAUGUUCCAUGAAAAUUCUUGAAGAUACAGUUGUAUACUUUUUAUUUUUCCUAAUUCUGGUCCUUUUUUAGCUUCCUAUAAAAGUUU